GGGUGAGGGUGUAGAAAUCAAUGAUGUGCCAGGAGAGGAAGAACCUGACAUUCCAGAGAAAAGUGCAACUGAGGUUAUGGCAACAAAGAUGGAUCAGCAAGAACAACAAAAUCAAGAACCUUAAAAUGUAGUUGGUACAAUGCCGUAUGGUAUAUCAUGGCCUCGAUUUAUUUCCUUUAUUUCAUUAGUAUUUCUUGCGACUGCGUCUGGUUCGCAAGCUGUGCAUCUUAUAUACAGGCCCCUUGACGAUUUAGAUGAUUUGAUAGAAGAGGCAUUUCAGAAAAGACUUUCAGAACUACAAGAUCGUAAAUAAUAUGUAAUUAAAUAAAUUGAUUCGGUUACUGCUA